CCAGUCCGGACGGUCGGGAAGCCCAAUGAGCGUCGCCUCCAAGCCCUGGUGCGAGGUGAGCUGAGCCAGUAGGCGGCGGCGGCGGGCGGGCGCGAGAGACCCUCGGCGCGGUGGGGGCGGAGCGGACGCUGCGGCAGGAGGGAAGAUGGCGGACGAGGAGAAGCUGCCGCCCGGCUGGGAGAAGCGCAUGAGCCGCAGCUCAGGCCGAGUGUACUACUUCAAUCACAUCACUAAUGCCAGCCAAUGGGAGCGGCCCAGUGGCAACAGCAGUAGUGGUGGCAAAAAUGGGCAGGGGGAGCCCACCAGGGUCCGCUGCUCACACCUGUUGGUAAAGCACAGCCAGUCAAGGCGGCCCUCAUCAUGGCGGCAGGAGAAGAUCACCCGGACCAAGGAGGAGGCCCUGGAACUGAUCAACAGUUACAUCCAAAAGAUCAAGUCAGGAGAGGAAGACUUUGAGUCUCUGGCCUCACAGUUCAGUGACUGCAGCUCAGCCAAGGCCAGGGGAGACCUGGGUGCCUUCAGCAGAGGUCAGAUGCAGAAGCCAUUUGAAGAUGCCUCAUUUGCGCUGCGAACGGGAGAGAUGAGCGGCCCGGUGUUCACGGACUCCGGCAUCCAUAUCAUUCUGCGCACAGAGUGAGGGCAUGGACACGAACAGCCUGGGCCUGGUUGGUGGGCAAGGGGGCAGGUGGCUGGGCUCAAGGUGUCCCUUGCUGCUGGCUGGCCCGCAGACACCCUUGCUGUUGUCACACAGUAUUUAUUGUUCCCAAAAUGGCUGGCAGGGGAUUUCUUCCAGUUAGCAGGCUCUGGGGCCCUGCUUCUUGCCUACGCCUGUUGGGGCUGCCCCUGCCACUCUCCAUUAAGGAAUUGACUUCAGAAGGGCACCAGGAGCGGGGAGACUCCAGGCACAGAGGUGGGGGGCUGUCACAAAGAGAAGGCCUGGUCAGUGCUUUCAGGUCCUGGAGGCAGACAGGGGUCCCUAGGUUGUUAUUUCUAGUUAAGUCACAUUCCUCUGUUCAGUUGCAGACAGCAAAUGCUCUGUGUGGCCCGGCUGUGGGCUCUCUCUGAGGGGCAGCGCAGCACCCUUUGCAACCCUAAUUAAACCAGGAACCACA